UCCUGUUGUUUUUAUUCGCUCUGCUUCUCCAGCGAUGGAAGUGAUCGGAAAUCCUGCCACCACCACCCCACCCCCGACAGCUGCUGUGGGUACCAGGCCCUCCACUGCCCAAAGUCCGGCAAUGCCAGGCACCACCUCUGCAGCGCACGCCUCAGCCAAGCCAGCUGGAAUCACAGCGGCGGGGAGCACAGGAACAGACCCAGCAGCUCCAGCACACUCCACCACAGACCCUGCCAUCCUAGCGCCAAGUGAGACCCCAGAUCUACUGGACACCGUGACAGCAGACAAGGCCACUGGAGCAGCCACCAUCACUAGCCACCAUAGUCCAAGCACAGCUGCUGAAGCCACUGCCACCGCAGCAGAGGCCAGCCCAGCAGCCCGAACUACCCUUGCACCAUCUGAAACCACCCUAGUGGGCGGCACAGUGGCAGAUGAGAGACUCACAACACCCUCGCUCAUUUCUGUGCCAGCUGAAAUCCCCAGUGCAGCCACAGAGACACGCUCCCCGGCCCCUUUUACCCUCACACCGACUGGAACCAAUAACUCUGUGGUCACCACUCCAGCCACAGAGACCACCCGAAGGGGCACCCUCGCGAUGGAGAACACAACCAGACCAACAACGGAUCCCACUCCUGGAGCAAUGACAAGCACAGCCUAUCCCUUCUCUACAGCAGCUGUAUCUAGGUCUACGGCAGCAGAGACAAACACAACCACACAGGAUACCCCCUCAGCAGCUCUAACUACACCUAAAGUGCAAUCCAUAUCAAAUGCAACCCCAGCUUUACUGGACACCAGCUCGGCAGCAGAGACCACCAGAGCCACUCCUGAUGUCACCCCACCCCGAGGAACCACAAAGACAGUGACCCUGACCACAGAAAGCCAGCACGUCCCCACGCCAGAUGACACAACACCCAUGGCAACUCUGACCAGCGCAGGAGAAACCAUUGCAGCAGCUCCAACAACCACCGCACACCUGGAGACUACUGCAGGAAGAGAGACACUCACAACAGCCUCUGUUGUCGCCAUGCCAAACACAACCACAUCUCAAGGGUAUGUCCCCACAGCGACAGAAACCGACCCUUCGGUGCUUGUCACCCUCACCCCACCGACAUUGAGUAACACGGCUGUUCAGACCACUGCACCAACAUCUGUCACUACGUCCCCGACGGACACAGCAUCCACAGUGGGCUCCAGCACAGAGACACUCGUCACCAGCACAACAGCUAAUACCACAACUGCUGUCAGCACCACUGCAGCAACAGAGGUUCCACGAACAGUCCGUGCUACCACCCUCUCAGCCGGAAACAUGACAGCUACAUUCCCAGAUGGACCGAGCACUCCAGCAACUCAGAACUUCAGUACAGCUCCAACCACGGGAUCCGCUGCUAACCCUAACUCCACUGCCCUGCCCUCGGUCUCAGGUGUCCCGACAGAAGGGCAGACGACAGCGCUGCCCCCCUGCCAUCCUCCAGCUGCCAAGCCAACUGAUGCUCGUCUCUUCCUAUCGCUAGGACUGACCACUCACCUGAACCUCAGCGAGCCCCACGUCAGGGGUAUGGUUUUGUCCAAGCUUGAACAAGAACUAAAUAUGAAGUUCCCAUGCACCGGGUUCACUGUCCUCUGGAAAGGAGAAGGCGAAAAGUGAGCAGCAAUUCCGCUGGCCCCCAAGGAACCGACGGCUUCGUGUCUGGGUGCCACGGUGAGCGAGACAAAGGCCACGGCACGAAAGAGGACCAUACGGCUGCUGCUACCUGUGCUCAUCGACUCCGGAGAGGAAAACCCACCUGGAGGAUACAGGUUUAACCCCAGAGAAGAAAUCUCUCUUCUGCAUGCCUAGACCUCAGGCUUUCUUUUGCCAUAAACCUCCUGACUGUUUCUCAAACGCCCUGGGAGAUUCCAUAGACAGUAAGAAUUCAGAAAAGAGGUGAAUGCCUUUUAAAGGUCCCAGUGAAGAUGAAAAAUGUCAAGUCUGGAGAUUUCUCCUCUUCCUGUAUGAAAGAAGACAAUGCUUUGAAUUGCAAGCUCUUGGGACUGUCUCUUACUAUAUAUCCGUACAUCCUAGCACCAUAUCUCAGUCACAGCCACGAGGCCUUGCUGUCAGAUAAUCAGUAAUAUUGGGAUCUUGGUGGGGGAACAGCAAGUGAAGGCUCUGACUCCCGCUGUAUUACUGCUGUCCAGGUGCAGGCGAAUCCUGCGUGCCCAGUAUAAAAGGGGUUGUUUUUUCCAAUUCUGCAGGAUCCUUUACUGGAUUUUUCCAAUCCCAGCUGAGCAGUUUGUCCCCCUCACCGAGGCAAAUGAAACUAGUAAUUCAUUAACUGAUUAAUCAGCCAGAUAAAGUCACACUAAAACAAUGAUUAGUUAGAGCAAUUUUUUAAACACUCCCCUUGUUUUAAAAACUCCAGAAAACCAGAAUUUUGGGAGUUUCAAGACCAAAUCCAAUAAUAAUUUUGGUUUUUAUUUAAUCCCUGGCCUAGCACUGGAUUCAGACUCGAGAUAGGGUGUAACAUUUUUUAACUGUGAGAGUAAUUAACCACUGGAAUGAUUUACCCGGGGUCGCGGUGGAGUCUCCAUCACUGGCAAUUUUUAAAUCACAAUUGGACGUUUCUCUAAAAUAUCUGCUCCCAGAAUUCUCUGAGGGACGUUCUAUGGCUUGUGUUACACAGGAGGUCAAACGAGCUGGGUUUCUCUUCCAACCUCAAAGCCCAGGGAGCAAAGCUGCUGGUUCUGAUUCUCUCCCACAUCAUGCUGCAUAUAGAAAACACAGAAGACCCCCUUAUGUAAACUGAGGCAGAACCUGUGUUCCCAGCCAGGAGCCCGGCUAGUGCCCUCGCAGGGACUAGGGCUGCUUGCCUGUGUUGUUUGCACUCUCCGCACUCUCUUUAUCUCCACCAUCCUCUUAAAGGUAAACAGCUCCAAUAGGUGGGCUGGCCCUAAGUGGUAGGUUUUCCAGGGCCCUAGGCUAAGUGGCAUAUAGAAUCAUAGAACUGGAAGGGACCUUGAGAGACCAUCUAGUCCAGUCCCCUGCACUCAUGGCAGGACCA